GCUAUUGUUUGGUAACAAUUUGGUGAAGCUGGUCGACAGACAGACAUGGGGAAGAUAUCGUUUAAAAUCAAUGGAUUACCGUACUCAGUGGGAUGCGAGGUGAGCUCGGACGUGACGCUGCUGGACUACUUGCGGCUGCACGCGGGGCUGCGCGGCACCAAGUACAUGUGCCGCGAGGGUGGCUGCGGAGCCUGCAUCGUCAGCGUGCACCAACCUGCCGGCACAUCUUAUGCUGUCAACUCGUGCAUGAAACCCGUAACAUCAUGCCAUGGACUGGAGAUCACCACCAUUGAGGGUUUGGGUAACAGACUGAAGGGCUACCAUGAGCUACAGACGACACUGGCGGAUGGCCAUGGUUCUCAAUGUGGGUACUGCUCUCCGGCUUGGGUUAUGUCGAUGAACAGUUUACUUCAAUCCAACCCUGACAUAACAAUGUUGGAAAUAGAGAAAUCACUAUCCAGCAACAUUUGCCGCUGUACUGGUUAUAGACCCAUUCUUGAAGCAUUCAAAAAUUUCGCCUCAGAUGCUCCAAGACAAAUCAAGCUACCAGAUAUAGAAGAUCUCAAACUCUGUAAUAAAACUGGAGAAACAUGUGAUAAAAGCAAUUGUGAAGAUAGUGAAUGGUGCUUCGUUGAUCAACAAGUUGACAAAGAUGCUAUCAUUAAGAUCAAGUUGAAGGAUAAUAGACUUUGGUAUCGAGUAAAUAAAGUCCAAGAUAUAUUCACGAUACUAGGAAAAGAAGGAGACGAGUCUUAUAUGCUAGUAGCUGGGAAUACAGCAAGAGGAGUUUACCCCGUAGACGAGCCUCCUCAGGUCCUCAUAGACAUAAGUGGAGUCCAGGAGCUGAAAGGCUACACACUCGACCAAAACUUGAUUGUGAACGCUGGGACAACACUCACGGAGUUCUUACAGAUACUGAAAACUGUUUCUAAAGAAGAAUACUUUGGCUAUCUACAGAAGAUCUAUGAUCAUGUUGAGAAAGUUGCUCAUGUUGCUGUGAGAAAUGUGGCAUCGAUUGCAGGGAACUUAAUGAUUAAGAAUCAGCACAACUGGUUCGCUUCGGACAUCUACUUACUAUUAGAAACAAUUGGAGCUCAAGUAACAAUACAGAACAAUAUGAGUGCAAAGCAAACGGUGACGAUGCAACAGUUUCUGAAAGUUAAUAUGAGAGGAUAUGUCAUUUGGAACAUCAUGAUGCCACCGUUGUGUAACAGCAAGCGUCUGGUUACGUUUAAGGUUAUGCCUCGCUCUGAGAAUUCCCAUGCUUUUGUAAACGCGGGCUUUUUGUAUAAUUUAUCAACUGAUAAUGUUGUCAAGUCUGCAAGGAUAGUCUUUGGAGCACUUUCUCCAACAAAUGCUAAAUCUAACUACAGUCGAGCCUGUGCCACAGAAAAUUUCUUGAUCGGAAAGAAGCUUUUUACCAACGAAACUCUAACGUCAGCAAUUAAAAUAUUGGAACAGGAAUUAGUGGUUGAAUAUAACCCACCAGAUCCUUCGGUCGAGUAUAAAAAGAACGUUGCUAUUGGUUUAUUUUACAAAGGUUUACUGAUACUUUCUCCGGAGACAAACCUUAACACACGAUACAAAUCUGGAGCUAUUACUUUGCGUGAUACCCGCCCGGUAUCUAAGGCUACACAGGUGUUUGAAACCAACCGCUCAGUGUGGCCGGUGUCGCAACCUAUUGCGAAAGUAGAAGCUUUGAUUCAAUGUGCAGGAGAGGCUUUUUAUACUGAAGACUUGCCUAACGUAGCAAAUGAGGUUUUUUGUUCUCUAGCACUUAGCACAGUAGGGGUGGGUGACAUCGUGUCCAUCGACGCAAGCGAAGCCUUGGCGUAUCCUGGAGUGAUAGCUUUCUACACAGCUAAAGAUAUCCCGGGGAUUAAUUCUUUUACGCCAUUAGACUCAUUUUUAUAUACAAAACCUGAAGAAAUAUUAGCAUCAACUUCAGUGAAGUAUUUUAAUCAGCCAAUCGGUAUAGUAGUAGCUGAAACCCGUUAUAUUGCUGAUAGAGCUGCUAAAUUAGUGAAAGCAACAUACACAAAUGUUAGAGAACCAGUCUUAGAUAUAAGACAGACUAUAGGUGAUGCAAGUAGGAGUACUCUAUUCACUCAAAUAGAAGCUACUGAAAGAGGCACAGAUGAAGUAAGAGUGAUUAAAGGAGCUAAUUCAAUUUAUGCUCAAUCCCAUUUUACUAUGGAAACCAUGACAGCUGUGGUUUUACCUUCUGAUGAGGGCCUUAAUGUAUAUUGUGCAACGCAGUGGAUGGAAGGAGUACAGUUGAUGGUUGCACGGGCUUUAAACAUGCAGCAAAAUAGGGUUGAUGUGCACACUCGACGUAUUGGCGGAGGCUACGGUUUAAAAUUAUCCCGUUGUAUCCAAGGUGCCAUUGCUGCUGCACUGACUGUGAAGAAACUCAACAGACCUUGUCGAUUCAUCCAGUCGUUGACUACUACCACAAGAGCCGUAGGCAAGAGACUGCCUUGCUAUUCAGACUUUGAGGCUGGUGUGAACAGUUCUGGAGAAAUUCAAUACAUUAAUUCUAGGUUGUUUGAAGACAAUGGAUACAAAACAAAUGAACUGCUGAUUUUGCUUGGUAUUGGACAAUAUAACAACGCUUACAAUAAAGCACGGUGGAAGUAUACAGGUUUUGAUAAUAUCACGGAUACAGCCAAAAAUUCAUGGAUGAGAGCACCAGGUACUUUGGAACACAUAGCUAUGGCUGAACUUGUCAUGGAACAAAUUUCUUACGAGAUGAAUCUAGAUCCUCUUGAUGUCAGGCUAGUCAACUUGGAUCCCAAAUACAGAAACGAUAUGAAAGAAAUGGUGGACAACAUUAUUGUACGGUCCGAUUAUGUCAAAAGGCGAGAAAUUGUCAAUCAAUUUAAUGCAGCAAACAGAUGGAAAAAGAGAGGUUUAAGAUUCUCUUUUCUGCGUUGGUCUCCAGCCGGAGGAGCGAAUUAUUAUAUCAAUUUGUCAGUAUUUCGAGGAGAUGGCACUGUAGUUAUAACACAUGGUGGUAUUGAAAUGGGACAGGGAAUUAAUACUAAAGCCGUUCAAGUUGCAGCUUACCUUCUGAAGAUUCCUGUUGAGAAAAUUAUUGUAAAAGAAAACAAUACUGUUAUAGCUCCCAAUUGCUUUUUAUCUGGAGGGAGCAUUGUUAAUUAUGACGUUAUUGCUGGGGUGUCUAAAGCAUGCAAACAACUUUUAAGUAGAUUACAACCAAUAAGAGAUCAAAUGGACAAUCCUACGUGGGAAGAAUUGAUUAUAAAAGCAUACAAUGAUAACGUGGACUUGCAAGCUCAUGGGUUUACGACUACGACCGAGGAGUAUCCCUAUGAUGUUUAUGGAGUAGCUUUAGCUGAAGUGGAAUUAGAUGUGUUGACAGGAGAGUUUGAACUACUGAGAGUGGACCUUUGUGAAGAUAUCGGACAGAGUGUUAGUCCUGAAAUUGAUAUUGGUCAAGUGGAAGGAGCAUUCAUGAUGGGUGUGGGCUACUGGACGAGUGAACACAUGGUCUACGCUCCAACAGGCGAACUCCUGACCAAUCGUACUUGGAACUACCAUGUACCACUGGCCAGGGACAUUCCUCAGGAUUGGAGAAUAUACUUUAGGAAAAAUUCCUACACGGAGGAUAUUAUUUUUGGCACUAAGUGUAUUGGAGAGCCCCCAAUAUGCAUGGCUGUCGUUGUUGCUUUUGCCUUGAGAGAAGCCAUUGUUGCAGCUAGAUUAGAGUCGGGAAUUCCUACCACACAGUGGUAUCAAGAGGAUGGUCCGUACACAGUGGAAAGAAAUUAUUUAUUGACAUCGACAAAUCCUGCAGACUUCAAGUUUAAUUAGAUGAACAUUAUAACCUAACUACAUACUAUCUAUACUAACUUAGUUUAUUAUAAAUAGUUGUGUAAUUUUGUAUAAUCUAAAUGUAACACAAGUAAUUAUGUUAAACCAAUUAACCAGUUACAAACUUCUUCUAUUAAUACCAAAAUUGUGAUAGAGAUAGCAUUAUAUUAUGUUUACUUAAUAUAUUUUUUUAUUUUACUUCCAUUAUUUAGUACCUCAUUUUGUUAUCGUCUUAGUAAAGGCGCGAGCACACCGCGGUGCACGGAGUGGCUACGCACUGGAUUAAGGUUCGCUUUGUAAUAAAAUGUAAGUGGUGGUGUCCACAGCAACGGAGAGGCUAUGCA